GCCCAACUUGUCUUGGGCUCGUUACUGUUGCACAUGCGAAGACCAUCGGCACCUGUUGACCACGAGCACCUUCAGGAAAGAUGACCGACCGCUCCAGUAAUGCUCAGGAUGAAUCUUUCUGGGCACCCGGUACCAUUAAUCUCGAAGAACUGCAAGAGUUUAGCAACAAAAUCAUCCUGCAUCCUAUUCCCACCUCUGACCCCAACGACCCCCUGAACUGGUCCGCCGGACGAAAAUGCGUAAACUUCGCACUCGUGUCCUUCUAUGUCUUGAUGACUUUCGUUCAACUUGACAUUGGAUAUACAGCGUGGGGACAGUAUCAGGGGGAGCUCGACUUCUCCGUCAGCCUCUUGAACGGUGGCGUGGCCCUUCAAUACGCCGGCCUGGCCAUCGGCUGCUUCUUUUUCGUCCCGCUCGUUCACAAAUAUGGUCGACGCCCUUCUUAUAUCGUCAGCACCGUCAUGCAGCUUGCGUCUUGCGUCUGGUUCGCACUGAUGAAGCGCCCGGUAGACCUGUGGAUCAGCAGCCUGCUGUCGGGCCUUGGUGGCGCCACCAGUGAGACUAUUGUGCAGAUUACCAUUGCAGAUCUCUUUUUCGUUCACAAUCAUGCGGCACUGAAUGGUUGCUAUCUACUCUUUGUUGCAAUCGGCGCGUUUCUCGGCCCGGUGGCAUCUGGGUACAUCGUCGACGAUCAAGGGUGGAGGUGGAUAUGGUGGUGGUGCGUUAUCCUCUUUGGAGCCACCCUAACGUUGACGAUCCUUUUCUUCGAGGAGUCGAAGUAUACGCCUAUACUUAGAGCCCAAGUUCCGAGCACUCCGGGACCCGAUGAGCCUGCGGAUGCUCCUGAUAAGGCGCACAUCGAGCGAGCGCAGACGCGAGACAACGAGCAUCCUGGCCAUUCAGCCCGAGACAAAUAUGGCGUCGUCGAACGAACGCUGUCUAAUGUUCUCCUCGACGAGACAAUUCCUCUCAAAUCUUACCGUGAGCGACUUGCCCUCGUCACUAAAACGGAGGGGCCGAUCCUGCCCCAUCUUUCUCAACCCAUUGUUUUGCUCUUCACAUUCCCGGCCAUUGCGUACACGGCUAUAACCUACGGUACCACGUUGGCCGAGUUUUCGAUUUUGACUUCCGUUCAAGCGAUAUAUCUGUUCGAACCACCUUAUAAUUUCUCGGCGUCGGGGGUAGGAUUGAUGAACCUUGCGCCCUUCAUUGGUCAUCUUCCGGGCAUCAUCAUCGGUGGAUACCUCAACGACAAGUCGAUAGUGUGGCUCGCGAGGAGAAAUGGCGGAGUCUAUGAACCGGAAAUGCGACUGUGGCUCGCGUUGCCCUCCAUAAUCCUCACGCCUGCAAGUGUCUUGAUGCUUGGAGUUGGGCUAGCAUAUAUGGCUCCCUGGCCCCUUCUGGCCGUUGGAUUCGGUCUGUUUGGCUUCAACCUGGGAGCCACGAGCAGCAUUGCGCUUUCGUACGCCAUGGACUGCUACCACGAUGUUAUCGGAAACGCCCUCGUUGGAGUCGUAUUCACGCGCAACGUCCUCUCUGUCGUAGUGCUCUUUUCACUUACACCAUGGAUCGAUGGGAUGGGCUUGCGGGAUAUGCAUAUCCUUGUCUCAGCAUUUUCGUUCUGCAUUCUGCUUAUUCCGGUCCCGCUGCUCAUAUGGGGCAAAAAGUCCCGAGUGUCAUUGGCAAAGACCUAUAGGGACAUGGCGCGACGACAGCCCACCCAUCGAGACUUUUGAUGUAUCUGUGCAGCGGUACGAGGUACAUCUAUGUCGUUGACUCAUUACCAGCAUUUGACGCCCCUGGUGGGUUUUCUAAAGCGUCUGUAGGCAGUACAAAGGCGAUGUGGCCUAUUCAAUACGACUACUUCGAGACUUCA